GAAUGCUCUUCUUGCCUUCUCAUCUUCGACCCCUGUCACAGCAGUAGCGAGAGAGAGACCGAGGGCAGCUCCCCUUUCGCCCCCCGCUACUCGCUCACUUCGCCUCAGCAGCACGCCCAAACAUUCCGCACCAUGGCUGCAACGGACGUGGACGUGUUUUCGAACGAAGAAAAGCGCAGCCUCAAUCUGGGCGGCCAUGUUGGAUUUGACAGCCUCCCUGACCAACUGGUCAGCAAAUCGGUCACACAGGGUUUUUGCUUUAAUAUACUCUGCGUAGGGGAGACGGGCAUUGGCAAGUCGACUCUAAUGAACACGCUCUUCAACACCAUGUUUGAGAACGAGGAGGCCAGCCACUACCAGAACGGCGUCUACCUGCGCCCGCGGACGUACGACCUGCAGGAGAGCAACGUCCACCUCAAACUCACCAUUGUGGACACCGUCGGAUUCGGGGACCAGAUCAACAAAGAUGACAGUUACAAGCCCAUCGUGGACUACAUCGACACUCAAUUUGAAAACUACCUGCAAGAAGAGCUGAAGAUUAAGCGCUCGCUCUUCAACUACCACGACACCAGGAUCCACAUCUGCCUCUACUUCAUCGCCCCGACGGGACACUCGCUCAAGUCCCUGGACCUGGUGACCAUGAAGAAACUCGACAGCAAGGUCAGCAUCAUUCCCAUCAUCGCCAAAGCUGAUACGAUCUCCAAGAGCGAGCUCCAUAAAUUCAAAAUCAAGAUUAUGAGCGAGCUGGUGAGCAACGGCGUCCAGAUUUAUCAAUUCCCGACGGAUGACGAAGCUGUCAGCGAGAUCAACUCCUCCAUGAAUGCUCAUCUGCCCUUUGCCGUGGUGGGAAGCGUGGAAGAAGUGAAAGUUGGGAACAAAACAGUGAGGGCCAGGCAGUACCCAUGGGGGGUCGUGCAAGUGGAGAACGAGAGCCACUGCGACUUCGUCAAGCUGCGGGAGAUGCUGAUUCGAGUCAACAUGGAAGAUUUGAGGGAGCAGACGCACGCCCGCCACUACGAGUUGUACCGACGUUGCAAGCUGGAGGAGAUGGGCUUCAAAGACACCGACCCAGACAGCCAACCCUUCAGUCUGCAGGAGACUUAUGAAGCCAAAAGGAAGGAGUUCUUGGGUGACCUGCAGCGGAAAGAGGAAGAAAUGCGACAAAUGUUUGUCAACAAAGUCAAGGAGACUGAAGCGGAGCUGAAAGAGAAGGAAAGAGAGCUUCACGACAAGUUUGAGCAGCUGAAGCGCAUGCACCAGGAGGAGAAGAGGAAAGUGGAGGAGAAGCGGCGGGACCUCGAGGAGGAGAUGAACGCCUUCAACAGGAGGAAGGUGGCUGCCGAGACGCUCUCCCUAUCCCAGCCGCUCAAGAAAGACAAGGAUAAGAAAAAUUAAUUUAUGGCUGCCGUUUCCCCCCUCCCCGCACAUGACCACGGAUUUGUCCUCCAUCACAACAAGAACGACAACACCAUUUUUCUUUGAGUUUUGACAUUCCAUCUUGACAUUGUGCACAUGGACCAAUGACGAUGACGCGGUCAAGCAUGGUGAGAGUGUUCACUUUGACAACAAUGGCCAUCAUUCUUUCAGGAUUUUCCCUUCUCUGUUUUUAAUAUUAUUUUGGGACACUUUAUAUGAAUAUUUUGUGAUUUUUAUUUUGUCUUUUUUUUUUAAUCAACACACACCGGCGAUUCAAACCCACUCAUGAACAGCCCGAGGCUGUUUGGUACUGCAGCGUAACUAACAAUGUAGGGGUGUGUGCUUAUUAUAAUUUUUCUUUUCAUAUUAGUUCAGUGUAUGUGAAUAUUGUUAGAGCUUACUCGACCUACUAUGCAAAAGUGUAUUGGGAGUAUUGUCUUGUAACAAGUCCGUAAGUAAUGGAGCUGAAACAUUAUCGUAAACAGUAGAGGAAGUAAGUAAAUACACACACACAGGAAAACCUCAAAGCCUGAGCUUGCCGAAGAACGAGAGCAGCUGUGUUUACUGUCGUUGGAAAUAAAUGCAAACAUUAAACUACCCCCUCCCUCACA